AUGGAGUUCAAGGGUGACUCCGUGGAGGAUUCGAGACAUGGAUAUUUCAUGAAACAAGCCUUGUUGAUGGGCGAGAAGGCUCUUCAGUCAGGCGAAACUCCCGUUGGCUGUGUUCUAGUGCACAACGAUCAAAUCGUGGGGUUUGGCAUGAACGACACAAACAGAUCUAUGAAUGGAACGAGACAUGCCGAGUUUAUAGCGAUCGCAGAGAUGCUCCAAAGCCACCCUAGGUCGGCAUUGCAAUCCACCGAUCUUUAUGUUACAGUCGAACCCUGUGUGAUGUGUGCUUCCGCCCUGAAGCAGUACCGCAUCCGCAGUGUGUACUUUGGGUGCGCCAAUGAUCGAUUUGGAGGCACUGGAGGUGUUCUUUCAUUACAUUCCGAUCCCUCAAUUGACCCAUCAUACCCUGUCUACGGUGGGCUGUUUGAGAAAGAAGCAAUUAUGUUGCUCCGUCGUUUCUACAUACAGGAGAACGAAAAAGCUCCCAAUCCCAGACCGAAAAAGAAUCGGGAGUUGAACACCAGAUUCGAAAAUGACGAAGCGCCACCGACCUGGUAG